AUGGUGAACUCUCCUCCGAGCUGGGCUGGAGAGUGUGAGUGUGUGUUCCGUGAGCAGCAGCCUUCCUCCAGCCCACUCUCUGGGUCUCUCCACUCUGAACUAGGCCUGGCCUGGUGCUCAGCCCAGAUAGCUCCACUGAGGGAUGCUCCAGGGUAAGAGCCAAGUUGGAUUUUCAAGAGCAAAGACUCAUACACACAGGCUCACAUACUUUAGACACACUCUCUGAAUCGGAGAAAGAGAGGCACACACACCCAGCCUGCAUGUCCCAGUGGAUGUGCGUUUCCCACCAGUUCCUCCACCAUCUGGAACCCCUCUCCAUCCAGUUCUGGAUCUCUUGUCAGGGAGAGCUGUAGAGCGAAAUGAAAACAUCAAAACAGCGAUAGAUCAAAUGAAUGCAACCUAAUAUUUCUACUCUCCAAACCAACACAAACUAACCCUCCUCACCACAAACACUCACUAAAAUGGUCCUGACGAACAACGAUGGAUGUAACGCAGAAGCAAACUCUAGCUUGAAACGUCUCUUAAUGUGGCACAAACACACCAGUAUGACACGUGGUGUUUUAAAGGGAGUUGGUCGAUGUGGUGCAUUACUGGAACAGAGUGUUUUGAGGGGUCUAGGGCAUGACAUGCUGUAUCAAUGUCUGCUUCUUCCCUGACAGUCUGUCUCUCUCUCUGUGUGUGUGUGUCCGUCUUCCAGGACUGCAGUCCCAAGCUGACAGCCCGUUGCGCAGACAUCCUGGAGAUCCGCCGCUGCAACCGCCUGGAGAUGCCCGACAACAUGAACACGUUUGUUUUAAAGGUGAGGAGGAGAGACUCCCCUGCUAGUGAUGCUGAUCCAUCUUCCUGCCUUGUGUCGUGUCCCUUCUCCACAUGGUCCAUGCACACAUUCAGCCAAGGAGUCUGCUUUUUCUGUCCAAAAGCACUCAUGCAUUUUUAGUGCCCAUUGAGCAGUGAGCUUCCACAUGAAACAUCACUCAAAAAUGUACACACACAAGCACCCUCUGCCAAACUUGUCUUUUUCUUCCCAUUCCUGUUCUUGAGGGUGUGUUUGUCACAUAUUUCUGUGCGUGUGUCUCCUCUAGGUUAAUCACUAUCCAGGUAGUCUCGUAUUUGAGACGGAAGAUAACCAGCAAGUCAGCUCCUGGACCACCGAAAUUAAAGAAUGUAUCAACAACAGGUGAGGGACUGUAACGCUACCAGGACACUAUUUAACCUGCUACUCUCCCUCCCCAUCUGUCUUUUCAUCGUCUAGCUUUAUUCCACGUGUUCUGUGGUGUGUGUGUGCGCUCGCGUGUUUCUGUGUGUGUGUGUGUGAAUGGAUGCAUGUCAGCUUGUUUCUGUGUGUGGGUAGCUAUGUGUCAGGCACAGUGCUGUGAAAGAGGAAGCGUGGGGGAGGUCUGAGUCCCAGUGGGGGAAUCUUAGGACCUUUCUCAUUUCUGCAGAUGUCUGGAAUUCUCUGUCUCGCUUACCCUCCUCAGACUCUGGUUUUCAGGCCAGCACUGCUUCAGCUCUGCAGCCCCUAUGACCCAAGGCCUGCAACACACACACGCACACACCACACACCACACAUACACACAGUUCAAAUGUAAGUCAAAAUGAUCCUCUUCUUGCUAACGGUUGGUCCCUCUUUCGUUGGGGCGCCAAACGUUAAACUUCUAUCUGAGAAGGCAGUGCUGUAUUUGCUAGACUAUAACAAGCUAGCUAGCUAGCUGUCGGAAUUGCUGACAAAUGCUAAUGACUGUGUCAGAGGUACAAUACUUAUUUCAGUCUCAUGCAUUUCUCUCAUGCAGUACUGACACAUAGUAUGAUACCACUUUUGUCAUCAAAAUGGACACCCUAUAAAAUGGCUGAAGUGUGCAGGGAAUGGUGAGCUAUUGACACUGAUACUGCUGUCAUUUCCUAUUUUGGAUGAUAGGAUCGUGCUCUCUUCCAUGGCAUGGCCGCGCUUUCAACAUGUAUGUUAUCAUGCUGUUCGAAAUCAGGCAGUUAGUCACAGUACACAAGAUUGUACUCAAGAUUGUAUGAGUGUGCACAUUCAUGAGUUUGCGCAUGUGUGCAUCUAUUUUUAGUAUGUGUGUGUGUGUGUGUGUGUGUGUCUUAGAGAAAUAUAUAGAGGCUUUGUAUUUCUCCUUCUGGGUGGAGGACCUGUGAAUAUGUAUGAGGAGGAAAAACUCCAUCUCUCUCUCGCUCUCUCACUCUCUCUUUCACAGACAGACAGUGUGUGGUGUGUGUGUGAUAUUGGGGGUGGAGUGGAGGUAUCAUGUACAAUAACAUUUAGCGUUUUCAAGAUUUACUGUAACGAGACAUGCUUCCUGACCGAGCCCCGACGCUUUUGUGUGCCUCCAUCCUGCUGCUUCCUGUAGACUCAAUGGCCCCAAUCCCUCUCUCCUGCUUCCUCUUUAUUUUUUCUUUCUUUCUCUCUUUCUCUCUCUUUCUUUCUCUUUCUCUCUUUCUUUCUCACCUAGGGUGCAUAUGACUAUGUGUAGAAGUGCGGGAGAGAAUGGGUUUGCGGCGGCAUAGGGUAUAUGUUGUGUGUGAAUGAAGGAGAAUGGAUGAGUAAGUAGAUGUACAGAGGGGUGUAAAUGUGUCUGAGAAGACGGGAGGGGGGGAAAGACGGGACGUUGGGAUAAACUUAGCCUGGGUGGGUAAGAGAGGGCAAGGAUGGGAGGUGGUGAUAAGCUUGGCUUGGGUGGGGUAAAGGGGGUGUGGUGGAGAGGGUUGGAUUUGGUUUGGGAGAGCGAGAGAGAGAGAAGGAAGGACUUUUAUUAUACUACAAUGUAAUUAUUUCUUUUUUUGUGACUUGUAAACACACUGUAAAAUGAGUAAGAGUUCUUGACAGAUUAGGAAGGGAUGUUGAAUCCUUAUUAUUAAUAUAUAUAACUAAGAUUCAAUGGUGGGUAUUGAGGAGAAUGGGGAGGGGCUUUAUCCGGGGGAUUGGGAUUGGGAUGGGGUGACUGGGUGGGUAUCUGACACUUCUCUAAAGUGUUCGUGGGGCCUCCACUCAUCCCAUUUCAGUCUCUCUGUGGACCCACUCUCCCCAAGCAGAUCCCUACCAGCCACUGUACUUUCAUUUAAUUUCUAAGGUAAUACAAACUGACCACAUUACUUAAGUGGCAGUCUUUCUCCAAUGUAUGUACAAUGAUAUAAUCCCACAUUUUAUUUGUUUGGUACAUUAGGAGAGGAGUUGGAGCUUAAAAUCCCUUAAGGUUUUUAAGCUUUGUGUUUUUUUUUGUUAAAUGUCUGCUCAGCCCACUUACUCUAUAUAUGUAAUGUAUACAAUAACUAUGUAUCUAUACUAUAGAAAGGUAAACUUUGAUUCUAUACAAGUAAAGACCAACAAAAUCCAACUUCACAUGGAAUGUGCACGGGCUCCAUGAUGGAGGGGGGGGGGGGGGCAUAUGGUUCUCGAACACUUAGAGAUUGUCAGCAGAUGUCGUUUUCUUGCAAGAGUUACAUUUUAAAAAAUUAGAAAUUGAAUAUUUAAAGAGGAGCUGGGUUGAAGAGGCCUAUGCUGCCACCUACUGUAGUAACAGCAGAGGUGUAGGCAUCCUGAUAAAUAAGAAUACAUGGGAAUGGUAUAAAGUCCCAAAGUUAUGGGCGGAGCUAGAAAGUUGGCUGUCAGAAGUAUUACUGAACCAAAAUAUAAACGCAACAUUCAACAAUUUCAUUGAUUUUACUGAGUUGCAGUUCAUAUGAGGAAAUCAGUCAAUUUAAAUAAAUUCAUUAGCCCUAAUCUAUGGAUUUCACAUGACUGGGAAUACAGAUAUGCAUCUGUUGGUCACAGAUACCUUUAAAAACAUGGGCCUCACAAUGGGCCUCAGGAUCUCAUCACUGUAUUUUUGUACAUUCAAAUUGCCAUCAAUAAAAUGCAAUUGUGUUCAUCCCGUGUAGCUCAGUUGGUAUCUAAAACGACGGAGGCGGCUUAUGGUAGAUAAAUUAACAUGACAUUCUCAGGCAACAGCUCUGGUGGACAUUCCUGCAGUCAGCAUGCCAAUUGCAUACCUUGAAACUUGAGACAUCUGUGGCAUGUGUGACAAAACUGCACAUUUUAGAGUGGCCUUUUACUGUCCCCAGCACAAGGUGUAAUGAUCAUGCUGUUUAAUCAGCUUAUUGAUAUACCACACCUGUCAGGUAGAUGGAUUAUCUUGGCAAAGGAGAAUUGCUCACUAACACGGAUGUAAACACAAUUGUGCACAAAAUUUGAGAGAAAUAAGCUUUUCAUUAGUAUGAAACAUUUCUGGGAUCUUUUAUUUCAGCUCAUGACACAUGGGACCAACGUUUUACAUAUUGCAUUUAUAUGUUUGUUCAGUAUACAGUGAAAAACGUAUACCACCCAAUGGGCUAGACGAUCACUCAUCUUGAAAAAACAUAUACUAAAAACUUGGAAAUCAACAGUCCGCCAUCAUUAACACAAUGGAAAAAUCUAAUGAUUUAUUCAGAAAAUAUUGAAAUAGCAUGGGCGACCGAGAAAAAUAAAUUGGUACAGUUUAAGGCCAUGUGGCAAACAAUAAUGAAAGCACUAGGGAUGGGGGUGCGAGCAUGCGGGUCAGGGCAGAGGAGAUGUAGUCUUUGUUUGUGUGCAUCUGUAAAUUGCUGUUUGUAUUUGUAUGUUUGUAUUUGGUGUGAGAAAAAAAAAGAAUUAACAAUGCAGCAUCGUUUAAAGCAGUCAGAGGUACUUAUUUCAGCCUCAUGCAGUUGAUGGCAGCGUCAUGUUGAGGAGGAUGGGCUAACGUUUUAGCCCAGUCUGGAUUGGCUGCUGCUAACUGAAGGCAUUGUUUAUUACACAGGUCUGGCAGCGUGGAUUUGGAGCUCCUAACCUACCCUGUGGACAAUGCUGCGGUGGCCAACCGGAGAGGGAGCUCCGAGUCAGGGAGUCAGGGUGGGUGUCAGGGAUAGGAAGGGGCGGACCCCAACCUGGAAGUGUGUAACAAUUAAUAUCUCAGGAUUCAAUUGUAUCUUGAUGUUUGAAAUUAUGCUGUAGUGGUUGACCCAGUCGCUUAGACUUAGAGCGUGGUGCUUGUAUCGGUUUGAGGAGUUGUGGGUUUGAUUCCUGCAUGGGCGGCAUGUAUAUCUUCCGAACAUACUGGCAGGGCGACAGGUAGCCUAGGGGUUGGGCCAGUAACCGAAAGGUUGGUGGUUCGAAUACCCGAGUCGACAAGGUAUUAGGUAUUCUGUCGAUUUGCCCUUGAGCAAGGCACUCAACCCACAUUUGCUCCAGGGGCACCAUACUACUACCAACAACACAUUUCACUGCAACUAUCCGGUGUGUGUACCCCCCCAAAAGUUGAGCUAUUUGUGGAUCAAAGUGUCUGCUAAAUGACCAUGUUAUUACAUUACAUUCUGUCGUCGUCCCCCCACUAGGAUCUGCGACCUUUGCCCUCUCGGAGCAGGUGUACCAUAAGACUGACCACUUCCUGUGUUCAUACCCCUGGUUCCACGGGCACAUCUCGCGGGUCAAAGCGGCCCACCUGGUCCAGAGCUCGGGCCUGGAGGGCCACGGAGUCUUCCUGGUGAGACAGAGUGAGACUCGCCGCGGAGACUACGUCCUCACCUUCAACUACCAGAGCAAGGCCAAGGUUCUAGAAGAAUACCAAUCUUAGUGUUUGAUAUCAUAUUCGCUAUGAAGAUGUCUGAAUAAAAGCGUCAUUGUUGUUUAUGUCCAUGUAGUGAUCUGAAAUAAGAGUUUCUCUCUCUCUCUCUGCAGCACCUGCGUCUGUCUCUAACAGAGUGGGGCCAGUGUAGGGUGCAGCACCUGCGUUUCCCCUCCGUCAUGGACAUGCUCAGUCACUUUCGCCUCUACCCCAUACCCCUGGAGUGUGGCGCCGCCUGCGACGUCACCCUGUCCAGCUUCGUGGUGGCCAACUCCCAAGGUGAGCCCUCGUCACUGACCCCUGACCUCCACUGGACACAAACACACACGCACCCACCAAUACUUUUGAACUUAGGGCUACUGCUAACACAACUUUACAUAAAUAUAUUUAAAAACAUUUCACACAAUAAAAAUACUAUUUUAUUAUAGAUUAGCCAUAUACAGCUACUUGGAUAUACAGUAUAUGGGAAUCUGCACAAACAGGAUGUUACAAGUCAAACCCUUUAUGUCAGCAUAAAUAUUGUUAUGUCAUUGUGUCCUCUCCCUCAGGUCAUAUUUCAGUGGCUGUUCUGGUUCCCUUCUCCCCGCACUGCUGGAGCUCCGAGCCCAGCCUGGCCCGCUCCAACCCAGCCACCUGCCCCAGCCUGCUCCCCUCAGCAGGCCCCUCUCUGGGCCCCCUGCCCCAGCCCGGACACCCUCAUUUACACACCACACCCCUCCCAGACCUCCCCACCUCGGGUUCCCUGCGUCAGAGCGAGUCAGUGGGCCGCAGACCCCUACUGCGUCACCCCAACCCCCACCCACCCUUUACUCAGCGGGACUCCGACUAUGAACUGGAGCCAGACAGGGGCCGCAAGCGGGCCAUCGACAACCAGUACAUGUUCCUCUGA